GGCAGUCUGUGGAGGCUGGGGUAACCCAGCAGGCCCGGAGGUUGUGGGACCUCAAGGUGGAGUCUUGGUACUACGGUCCCCUAAUAGCCCAUUCACUGUAUUUCUCCCUUUAGGAAUGUUCCUCUUAGAAGAAGAGUUAGGAGGCCUUCCAGGACCUUGAACUCAGCAACCACUCCAUACAUGUUGGAUAGAGGGUUGCCUUUUAUGUUAAAGUGUCUCAACCCACCUUUCACUUAAUGGGUUUCCUAAAUAAAUCCUCAAGCUUUUAGAUAACUGUCACAAUAAGUUAACUUGGGAAAUGCCAAGAGAGUAGGGAAAGACUUCUGUCCUUGGGCUCUAAUGAGCUGAAGCUGGUGGGCACUUUAAUGAUUCUCUCACCCAUGAUCCUGUAGGUGGUCCGGCUGUCUGUGCUUAAAUGAUUUAUCUCAGUAGCAUCACCUUUCUGAAUUCUUUAAAUUUUGGCUAAAUAAUAACUACAACAACAACAACAACAAUAGCUAUUUUCCUGUGCGACCAAAAUUGAAUAACCAUAUAUGGAUAAUUAGGUUCAUUGUUUAUUUUUAAGCCUUUAAGAGUUCCCUUCCUCUAGGUGUAUAGGUUAAUGGAACUGGAUAGAUUUGGAGGGUUUGUGGGAAAAAUAUAUCUAACGCCUUUCUUUGGGCAAAUAAGAGAGAAAUGGGUAUAUAGUUUACUCCUAAAGGUAUCAAACGCCAAAAUCCCCUCCCCCGUUUUUUGUGCAACUAUCCCCCUACUUUUAAUUCAAGAUGUUAGAGAUCCAGCAAUUUUUUUUUUUUUUUGUGGACUUUGGCAGGCCGAUUAACCUGUCCUGACUCAGUCUCAGUACAAAUCCAUGCUUUUAAGAAGCCAUAAAGAAUUUAGUGGAACGAUUACAGAAAAUAAGUCAUAUUUUAUUGGAUGUAAAAAUGGUAUUUACAGGAAUAUAAGUUUAAAUGUUUUGAAAUCCGUUGGAAUGAAAGAUAUGUGUGAUUUAAUGUCACAAAAAAUGUUUUCAUAGCCCUAAUAGUCUGUUUUUUUUUCCAGUAAUACUCUUUUCAAAUUAAAAAUGGUUCAGAUUAUUCUUUCUGAGCUUACCUAUGUCAAGUAUAGUUUUCCAAUAUCCUUAACUAGCAAACAACCACCAAGCAUCUUGUCAUAUUUGUGUGCAGUAAAAUAAUUUCUCUGAAUACUUAGUUCUUAACAUGAGAAUACCACAAUAAGAUAAAAUUUUUGCAGAUACCUUUGUAAAAUAGAUGAUAGGAUUCCAAUGUAAUGAAAUGAUAGGAUUCCAACAGUGAAAAUCCGAUUUACUUAAUUUGCAGGGAGAUCACUGAGUCACAGCUGCCAACAUGUAGCAGUUUGCAUACCUUAUCUUCUUCAAAUAAUCACAUUAACACAUAAAUAUAAGUAACUCAAACUUCAGAAUUCUAUUAUCCAAUUUGUGAAUUAUCUGGCUCAUUUGCUUUUCUUCCAUCUCUCUGGUUGACUGAUUACUAUUUUGUGUUUGAAUCAGAAGUCAGUCAGGGGAUAGCAAAGUUAAACAUUUAAGCAGUCAGUUUUGCUCUAUUCAAUGUUCGGGGAAGAGGUUUAGUCAUGGGAGAGGCUUUAACUUUUAGUUAAAAUGAAAUUUGAAAAUUACUUGUGAAUGCCAAUUAUCCUAGUAUCCCUGGGCUCUCUUCACAUGCAUAAUUAAGAGUUGACUGUAUAAUGUUAUUUGACAUUGUUUCUUAAGGCAAUUAUGAUAGUUACCGAAGUGAGACUUUCUUGGGUUUAAAGACUUUAGCUCUCAGGUAAUUUAAUUGAGCUACUUCAGUGGAUAAAUAAAAUUAUAAUAUAUUCAGAUGAGUCAGAAAUACGAUGUCCUCCACUUUGCACAUAUACUUAAUUAUUUAACCUACUGCAUUUGGCCCUGGCCUUCCCUUAUUUAUGAUUGAGCAGAUGCUCCUAAUAUAGACAGUGAACAAUCAAUAUUUAGUAAGGAAAUUAAUACAGCCCUUUUCUUUAAUCUCCUAGCUGUAUCAAUGCCUCCUAUUUCUUUUCUGAAGAGCUUCACAAUAUCAUUGCUCUUAUGUUUUAAACUUCAAUAAGUUCAUAUACAAACAUAAGCAACAUAGUUCUCAGCUAUCAUUAAAGCUUUAAGAAAUCUAGUUAUGACGUACAUGAAUCCUCUGUAGAACUCUGUAGAAUUGUGAAAAUAUCUGCAGCACUAUAAAUAGGAAUGUAGAGGACUUAGUAGGUGUCUCCAGAACUUGGAAAGAAGGUUGGUUGUCUUUUGUGAAUGAGUACUCUAUUACAAACCAACGUUAAGUUGCCUGAGUAUUUUAAAAAUUGUUUUUUUUUUUAGUUGUAGAUGGUCAAAAUACCUUUAUUUUAUUUACUUAUGUUUAUGUGGUGCUGAGAAUUGAAUCCAGUGCCUCACACAUGCUAGGUAAGUGCUAUGCCACUGAGCUACAACUCCAUCACCUGGAUUAUAGGAGUGUCUAGGGGUUGGCUGCUUGUUAAGUUGUGACUGUGGCCAUUUGGGAGUGCCCAAUUCCAAUUGGCAGAGGCAAGCUAGAAUGAAUUUUUACUAAGAAAGCUAAAGGUUAAUUGGUUUUCUUGUUACUUGUCAAAGAAAGACCUUGUUAAGUAAGGAAGAGUAAUGGAAUGCAUAGACCUUAGAAAUAGUGGAGCCCUCGAAGUAUUUGUUACCUGUCUCCCUUUAUGCAUGCUCCUCCCCUAAUUACCUUUUGCUUAUUUCAUCCUUCUAUACCUACUAAGAAUUUGUUUUCUUAGACUAUGAAUAUAGUUUGCUGGCCACUGAAAAGGUUUCCUCCAUUCUCAUCAGCAAUAUCUCAAGUGAGGUUAAGCCAGUCUUUUGAGGCUAAUCAUCUAUGGAUGGAGUCCCAAAGUCACCUGUUUCUGAAAUUGCAAAAUUAAAGAUUUCAGAUCCUGAAGUAGGAGAUAGCCCUAGACUGGGCUGUGUUAUCUCCCAUAUAGAAUGUAUAUUUGUCUUAAGUGAAAUAUUUAGUCUUUCACUGAAAUAGUAAUGUUCACUAAUAACUUUAAUUAAGCUUCUUGUCAUUUUUGCUUUUUAUUAUUAUUGUUUUUGGCAUUUAUUGUUGCAGAAACAAGCAUAACUGUAAUUAAGUAAAGGAAACUAGAAACCUGAAUGUUUCCCUCCCUUCCUUUAUUAUACCCUUAGAUGAAUUGUUCCCUUUGAAAACCUCAUUUUCUUUUAUUGUAAAAUGAAACUUCUCCAAAAUGUUUUUAUUACUAAGUUGAAAGACAUUUGUAAAAUAAUCAUUAUGUACUCAGUGUAUUUACUAUUACCAUUUGAAAACCUACUUUGUCCAUGAGUGGUUAGAUAUUAUAAUAUAUGUACCCUACAUAUAUUCAAAUAAGAAUAGACAAUUGGAAUGUAGAAAUAGACCAAGAGCUGUGUUACUAAAUCCAGGUUGUUUAAUUUUACAAGUGUAAAGUUGUAUAUCGGGAGCUGUGGCUCAUUCCUGUAAUCCCAGGGCUCUGGAGGCUGAGGCAGGAGGAGUACAUGUACAGAGCUAGCCUCAGCAAUUUGGCAAGGCCCUGAGCAACUUAGUGAGAUCCUGUUUCAAGAUUAAAAAGCAAACAAACUGGGCUGGGUAUGUGGCCCAGUGGUUAAGUGCUCCUGGGUUCAAUCCUCUCCCCCCAAAACAACAACAACAACAACAAAAAACCCAACAAAACAAAACCCCCAAAACCCAAAAAUGUUUAGGCUAUUCAGAUGGAAGAAAUUGUGUUUUGUUCUAUGACCUCUAAUCUAGGGAAACUUAAUAUACACAUGAAUCAUCCAUGGAUCGAAGAUUCUAAUAUAGUAAAACCAGGUGAGGACUGAAAUUCUGCAGUGCUAACAAGCUCCCAGGUGAUGCUGGUGUUGCUUUUCUAAGGAUUAUAAUUGCAGUAGCAAGCCUGUAGACAAAUAUCUUGAUCUUUACCUUUUACAUUUUCAGAUAGGAGUAUAGUAUGUAGAGCUUAUUUAUUUGGAUAUUUUGAUUUAGAAGUUGGAAAGACAUCAUCACCCACUAUGAGAUGUAUGAGUCUUCUAUGUGGAAAAACAUGAAAAACAUAUUUUUUGGCUUCUAAGGUGUGUGAUAACUAUCUAGGACAGGAAUGGCCACUAUGUUUUUACUCUCUUCAAUCUAUUCACUUGGUAGUGACUCCUUGAUAUGAGGCAUUAUAAGAAUUCUUAGAUCUCAGGAGGACUUGGUGGAAGGACUACUAGGAGCAGAAAAACAAUGGGGGAAGGUGAUAGCACGGUUAUUUGCCAUCUUUGAUCUGUAUUAUUCAGCUACCUUUUUACUGGCAUUCCUAAGAAAGGGAAGAUGAAUGUGAUGUUUGCUAUUUAUAAUACCUUUAUAAUUGAGCAAGUAAAAUGUUGAUUAUGGACAAUCCAGGUUAGAUUUCAGAUUACUUCUGUGUACAUUGGGUCUGAGGUGAUGGCCAAGAUUAUAAAGCAAUUUUUGUCUACAGUAGCUUUGGGAAAUCAUGUAAAAUAUAAUUAACUAUUUUUCACUGUAUUUCUUUAUAAAGAUGUUGCUGCUGACCUUGGUCAGCUCCUGUAAAUGAGGCAACAGAAGAGACUGGCAUAUGAGGAACUUUGUAUGUUGCUCACAUCUAAAAACUGUUAAUUAGUUUCUGAUUCUGGUCCAUUUGCAGAACUUUCUUUGUUAUUCCUUCUAACCAACUCUGACCACAAGUUCUGCUCCAUUGGUCCAGCAGAAAUGCUUCUUUGAGGUAGUCUCAAAGUUGUGCCUUCUAUAGUACCAUGGUUGGUGUUGGUUGACCUGGCAAUUUCAGUGUAGGUGUUAUGUGGGUCUAUUUUCUGUAGGACCUUCAAUGUCAGGAUCUGUUGUAGAUUCUUCUAGUGCAGAAACUUUUAUUUCAUCUAUAGUGACCGAAUACUCUGGAACUGAUUUGUAUUAGACAAAAUCACGAGUCCUCCUAAAUUCCUUCCAGAACAAGUGGAGAUGGGAUGAAGUGGGAGCCUCAAUCUAUGUCUAGACUGUGACUUUAGGAUAUAGAAGUAGGUGGUGCUGUGGGCUGUGGCUUCAGAGAAAAUAGUCAUAGGAAGUACCCUGAGCAAGACCAGUCUAGGUCAAACAGUCAGAUCUGAGGACAACAAAUAAGGUGGUAAAAAUUGAAUUUUGGAACUGGAGUUCAGCUGUGUUCUUUGAAGGAAUACCAGGAAAAAGUGAGUUUUGUAAGGGUUCAGAGCCUGCUUGGCAUUUUGAAACUGAUCAUGAGCCAGAAUGCUAGCUUAUUAUUUCAGUGGAAAAAUGACAGCAUGAGAACUGUGAUCAACUUAAUUGUAUGGAUAUUUUCUGGAGUUCAGGAUCACCCACAAGAUUAAAUUACAGAUGAGAAAGUUGCUCAGCAAAAGUAGGACCAGAUUAAAGGGUUUUGUCUUUUAGACAAUUCUUGAUGAAUUGCCCUUUUCCACUCUGGCAAGAUUGCUUUUCAAAGAAGUGCUUUACAAACUUUUUUAUACAUGGUGCUCUAGCAGACCUUACUUCACUGUCUUUAAGGCUAUCCUAAGGGCCAAGGGGAUCAAUAUCUGUACAAUAUAGCGUUUUCUUUAUGAGAACUCAAGAGUGUAAUUUCUCUGAGGCAUUGAAACCAGAAAGUGUUGUACAUCUGCUGAGAAACUCAUAUGUUUUCAUUGGGUGAAUACUGUAUUGGUAUCUGAUUAUAGUCCCAUCUUUACAUUGACUGAUGGGAGUCUUGGAGUCAAAUCUGUGGCUUGGCAUGAGACCCAUGACAUAUGCUACAUAUUUUCUUUUAUCUUAUUUCUACUGUUUCCUUUCUCUCUUAAGUUCCACAUUCACUUUUUAAAUAUUUGUUAUGACAUGCAGAUUUGUAAACUGCCACUUUAUAAUUAAUUAAUUUGUGUGUUUGUCCCUAUGUUGCUAGCUAGCCACAUAGACAGAUGCAUACAAACAUGCAUGCCAAAGCACAUUUAUUUCUUCAAUAACAUUGCAAUAUGACAUUUAAACUGAAUUGCUUCUGAAAUGAUUUUCUGUACAAAUCAUAUUGUGGGCACUUACAAAUAUCAAUCAAAGAGGAUACAUGUUCCUGUUUUGGGUGUUUUGUCCUUUGCUUGACUUUUUUGUCUCAUUAAUCUUUUGGCCUUGGUUAAAUUAAUCUUUGGGUCUUUGGGUCUUUAUUCUUCUCUUUCCUCUGGGGUCUUCAAAUUGAGCUGUUUAAGUGACUUUGAUUUAACUCUUGGUUACAUGCUAGAGAGUUCAGAAAAAAUAUGUGAUGUGUGCUCAUUACCUGGGAUAUUGAUAAAAAAAUUGCACAUUGCUAUUUUGUCAUUGUAGAGACAAUGUAGUAUAGUAGAAAAUCCAUGAUGUUUAUGUUAAAAAAAACUUGUUUCUGUCAUUCUUAGCUAUGUGAUCUUGGGCACAUCUCUUGAUCUUCCAGAUUCAGUCUCUUAAUUUUUAUUUUAGAGAUGGCAGUAUCUGUUUCAUUUAAUCUCAUAAGUUUAUGUCAAAAUUAAUAUGGUUAUGGUCCAUGUGAAAAUAAAUUGGGAGUUAUGCUUCAUAAAAUGUUACUUAUUUUCCUAAUAAUAUUUUUUUGAGUGUGAGGAAACAAUAUAUUAUUAGUGAUUUAAAGUCAUUGUAUAGAGUAUUUGCUGGUUAGGAGUUACAGAUGUCUGGAAUUUCUGGUGCUGUAAAGAUAAAUCCCUUUUCUCCUCUCUAUACAAUUAUGUUCAGCAACCUAUGAUGUAGCACCUCUUACUCAUAAAAUCUAGUCUGUGGUUGACUUACUUACAAUUUUAGUCUGUUCAGGUGAUUUUGGAAUAUUUACAUUUUCAGUUUCAUAUAGUAUGAAUAUGAAGGAUGGUAUUGCUUUUCUGGAGACUGUUAAAAAGGAAUGCUUUCAAAGUCACUUUCUAGUAGCUCUCAGAAGGGGGCACACUUUUCCAUAAUAAAGCGACUAACUUUCUCUAGCUGAAGUUCAGAAGAUUUUAUCACUUUAAGUAAAUUAUAUCAGAAAAAAAUGUAGAACUGGAGGGAAAUUUAGGAUAUCUUUUAUUUACCUAUUCAUCCUAACCUUAACCUAUGGGAGAAGUGGAGCAGGGAGACUUAUGAAAUUUCUCCACAGAUAUUCAUAUCUUUCCAGAGUAAGGAAAAUAGUAAUAGCAAAUAGUUGUAUAGCAUCUGCUAUAAACUUGGCACCAUUCUAAAUGCUUUCCAUAUAUUAUCUCUUUUAAAUCUCUUAAAACCCUGUAAGGCAAUAUGGUAGCUAGCCAGCCUCUAAAAUGAUGCUCAGUAAUCUCUACCUCUUGGUAUUCUUGCUUUUGUAUAGUCCUCCCAUAGUGAAUAGGGUUGACCUGUGUAACUGAUAGGAUAUUGAAAAAAAUGAUGAGGAGUAAUUGUUGUAAAAGAUAUUGUGACUUCCACCUCUUGAACUGCUGGUUCUGAGGGUAGCUAGCCACUGAUCUUGAAGAUGUUCAAGAAGCCUGUUGAGAAAUCCAUAUGGAGAAGAACUGAGGUCUUCAGCCAACAAUUACUAUAAUUUCAAUACCAGAUGACAAUUUCAGUAUUCCAGAAGGUGAAGAAGAUCUGGCAAAAGCAAUUCAGAUAGUCCAAGAGCAGGCUACAGAUACUCAAAUUUUGGAGCAGAAAACAAUUCUUCCUUCAAGGCAUGCAGUUCCUGAAGUAAUAGAAGACUUUCUCUGCAAUUUUCUGAUCAAAAUGGGAAUGACCAGAACUCUUGAUUGCUUUCAAUCUGAAUGGUAUGAGUUAAUACAGAAGGGGAUAACUGAACUUAGAACUGUUGGGAGUGUUCCAGAUGUCUACACUCAGAUUAUGCUUUUAGAUAAUGAGAACAAAAAUUUGAAGAAAGACUUAAAGCACAUCAAACAGGCAGCUGACAAGGCUAGAGAAGAUCUGCUGAAAACUCAGAAAGAACGUGAUUUUCAUCGAAUGCAUCACAAGAGAAUAGUCCAAGAAAAAAAUAAAUUAAUUAAUGACCUCAAAGGGUUGAAAUUACAUUAUGCAUCCUAUGAACCAACUAUAAGGGUGUUACAUGAGAAGCACCAUGCUUUACUGAAGGAGAAAAUGCUGACCUCCUUGGAAAGAGACAGAGCUGUUGGACAGAUUUCUGGACUUCAAGCAACACUGAAGAACAUAGAUGUAGGACAUAAUUUUCAUAUUCCUGAAAUUAAAGUUGGUCACAGUAUUGAAAAAGAAAAUGUGCCAGAAGGUCCUACUCAGAAAGGUCUUCGUAAAGCCAGGGAACAAAACAAAUGUAAAACAAAGAUGAAAGACAAUGCAAAGGAUUCAGAAUUUCCCAUCAAUAUACAACCAAAUCCAAACUUGAAUUUAUGUAAAGAAAAUCUUCCUCCAGCAAAAUUUGACUACAAGCUGAGUAACAUUUUUAGACUUCAUGAACUUCCAGUGAGCUGCAUCAUCAUCCACCCCUGCAAAGACAUUUUAGUCUCCUGCAGUGAGGAUCGCCUCUGGAAGGUGGUGGGCCUCCCAAAAGGCAAUGUACUUCUCACAGGAUUCGGCCACACUGACUGGCUUUCAGACUGCAGCCUCCAUCCCAGUGACAACAAGUUGGCUACUUGCAGUGGUGACACUACAGUUAAAUUAUGGGACCUCCUUAAAGGCAAUUGCCUUUUGACCUUCGAAGGACACAGCCAUGCAGUAUGGUCUUGCACUUGGCACUCUUGUGGCGAUUUUGUGGCUUCUGCCUCACUGGAUACAACUAGCAAAAUAUGGGAUGUUAAUAGUGAAAGAUGCAGAUAUACUUUGUACGGACAUACAGAUUCUGUGAACAGCAUUGAGUUUUUUCCUUUCUCCAACACUCUUCUCACAGGUUCAGCAGACAAGACCCUCUCCUUAUGGGAUGCACGAACAGGUAGAUGUGAACAUUCACUUUAUGGCCACAUGCAUUCCAUCAAUGAUGCCACCUUCACUCCUACAGGUCACAUGAUAGCAUCCUGUGAUGCUUGCGGGGUUAUAAAACUGUGGGACUUUCGGAAACUCUUACCAAUUGUAUCCAUUGAUGUUGGACCAAGUGCUGGCAAUGAGGUGAACUUCGAUUCAUCAGGUCGAGUAUUAGCUCAAGCGAGUGGCAAUGGGGUUAUCCAUUUGCUGGAUCUUAAAUCUGGACAGAUUCACAAACUGAUGGGCCACGAGAGUGAGGCACACACGGUGGUGUUUUCCCAGGAUGGAAGGAGUCUGUUUUCUGGAGGUUCCGACGGCACAAUUCGAAUGUGGUCUUAAUAGUCAGCAGCGUAUCCCACUGCAGAGGGCAUUCCCUUGAAGGCUUAAAAAUGCUUCUUGGAGUCCCAAACCAGUAAAUAACUGGUUAAAUAUGCCACUAGGUAACAUUUACAAUUUGCUUUAGAGCAUGCUUUGGACAUGUUUUGUAGUGUUCAUACUGUUACCAAUAAAAUAAAGAAAAAACUUUUUGCUCA